UUGCGUUGUUAAGUUUAUGACGUUGAAUGUUCAGUGUGCAGCAAUACGUUAUUACUAUUUGGAAAGAUUUUGAUUUUGUAAAACUUGUUAAUUUAGUCCGGUUACAGAACUACGCAACAUAAUUUUUAGGGUGUCAAAAAGCUCCAGAUUGCGUGAGAAUUUUUGUUUUGUUUUCAAGACUAUGCAAUUUACAAGUGCCUCAAAAAUACAAGGGGCAAAUUGAAAGAAACUUAUUAGGAACCCAAAUCGGUUCUGGAAAUGAUUCCAAAUCUCUGUUGGUCAUGGAACUGAUUCCUUAAAACAUAAUGGUCCUAGAACUGAUUUUGAACACAUUUCGUCAGUAGAUCUGAUCCUGACGCUUUUCCAGUCCUGGAUCUGAUCCUGAACAUAUUCAAUUCCUGAUGUAGUUCCUGAACCCAUACAGGUUCUGAAGCACUGGCCUUGAAUACUGUCCAGUUCUGGAACGAAUCAUUAACCCUUCCCCGCAUUAAAAUUAAGGGUGUAUGGUCUUUAAAAGGGUUCUGAGCCCAAACUCGUUCUGAAACAGUUCCCGAACCGAUAUCGGGUCUGUAUCUGAUCCUGCCAUACAGAUCCUGGAAUGAUUCCUGAAUUCCAAUGCCGUUGCUGGAAUUGAUACUAAACUUAGCCCAAUUCAAGCAUUGUACCUGAACCUCGCGCAGUCAAGGAACAAGGAACAACUGUCAAUGUCCAGAACGGUACAAGGCAGUAGCAGACUCUGGUACUGUUGAAUGAAACAUUUCCGGCAGCAGUUAUUUGAAAAAAAAAGCAGCGCAAAAAAACAAACACAUUUUAUGCAAUCCCUUACAAGCACAGGUAGAGUGGCAUAAGGGUUUUGAAGUUAAAACAAUUUAAACCAAACAGUAUAAAAGAAAUCAUGUAUAUGAUUGACAGAAAUCGUAAUUACAAUCGUAAUAACACAACUUUACUUUGUGCUAAAAAGAAUAAAUUUUUAUCAUUUUUGAGGUUUUUUUUCUUGUAAAUCCUUCCCAAAAGCAAUGACUCAUAGAACACGUCCUAGUAGUCGCAGAAACACGGUUGAACACAUUUCUACCACCAGCAAUGCAUGUUCUAUUCACAUUUCGGUAAACUGGAACGCGUCCCACGGUAGGCAACGUUCUUUGCUUUUUCGGAACACAUCACCUCAAUUGACAUUCCCAGUAUGUUCCGGACGUCAACAAACCCUCGGCACGCAACGGGACAGCCAUCAACAGGUGCGUCGCCGGCAUUCUGUUUGGCGUGCAUAAACAACGGCAACGGCAGGGCUGGCUGUCGGUUUCACCAUCGCUACGCCGAAAGGAAAAACCAUAGCAACCCCCGGGCCGGCUUUUCGGUCGGUUGUCAACGGCAACGGCUGUAGACGGCAUACGACGCCACCCGUUUCAAUCAACGGUUGGCACUUUGGCGUGCAUUCACUCGCCGGGCACCGAUUGCAGCGAAACGCGUUGGAGCGGAAAAUCCGAGAGUUCUCGUUUGUGGGGUUUUUUUGUGCUGGAAAGUAAAGAAAGAUUGGGACACUUUUCGUGCACGGUUGGUUUGUUCUGGAAGCACAGCACCUUGCGGUGGUUGACACAAAAAAAAAGGUUUUACACUUGGUGCCGCUAUUUGCCCGGUAAGGAACCCGGACAGGAACGGAAAACAAUACAGCAUGGAUCCGGUGCUACUCGAGCGCGAACGCGUUCUGUUCCGACUGAACGAGGAAAUAAACGCCAAGUCACGGGGCCUGUUCGAGCUGAACGAGAACGUCAGCUGGAUGACAACGAAGCGCCGGUUGCGCCACGGCCUGAAGAAGCUGAACAAUGUGGCGGCGGCGGCGGCGACGGCGGUGGUCGGGCCGGGCGAUGAGUCGUCCUCCUCCGAGCUGGGCGCUUCGAUCGAUACGACCGAUAAGGAAAGUGGAAUCGGUGGUGGAAGUGUGGGCGGCAGUGGCGUUGGCAGUGCUGCUGCCGGUGCUUCGGACGAGGACCCGGAAUGUGAGGAACGCUCGUCGGCCGUCAUCUUUGCGGUGGUGCGCGAUGGGGAGAAGGACACGUACGGUGGAGGUGUCCAGGAACCGGCCAGCACGUUGACGACCCUCACCGAGAUUCGGUGCGACGCAAUACAGGAAGAGCGCACGCGGGCCAAUAACAGUAACACCACCACCACCAACCAGCAGCUGCAGCUGGUGAAGGUCACGACUGUUUCGGUGGAGCGCAAGGUAAGCAAUGGCCAGCGGGGCAGUGGUAGCGGUGGUGGUGGUGUAGGCGGUGGCCCCGGUCCGGGUGGUGGAAUGCUGAUCGCAAGCAAAUCGGUGACAUCGGCCGGGACGGCGGCUCGCAAUCUCAGCAAAAACAUGGCCGACGUCGUACCGAAGGUGCUGGAGAAGAAGAACAUCAGCUCGGAGGGACUGAUCAAGUUUCUCAAGUCCAAAGUCGCCAUCCUUCAGACCGAGCUGGAAGCGAGCCAGAAGCAGAACGAGGCGAAUGUCAAGGAUCUUAAUUUGGCGCUCGAUCGGUUGAAGCAGCUCGAGGCGGUGAAGGAACAGCUGCUGACGAAGAAUGGGGCGCUCGAGCGCACGGUCAAGAAGUACGAGGAGCGCAACGUGGAGCUGGACAAACUGCUAAAGGAAAAGGACGCCCAGCUGAACGUCUCGGCGAAGGAGCUGUACGGUGCGCGGUCCGAGAUACGCAACCUUGCCAACCACAACCAAACGCAGGACCGGCGGCUGCUCAAGGCGCAGGAGGAGGUCGAAAGUUUGCGCAUCAAGCUGAGCAUUGCGAACGACUCGGAAAAGGAAACACGGGACGCCGCCCGACAGGAACGGCUCACGUACGAGAAGCAGAUUCGGCAACUGCGCAAACAGCGAACCGAGGUGCUGGCCGACUACAAGAAGCUCCUGCUCAGCGUGGACCAGCUGAAGAAGCAACAGUUCAACCAGGAACAGUCGAAGCAGAUGAACGAUUUCGAGCAGGACUAUCUGCGGCAUCUGGACGGGGCGGCAACAUCACCACCACCAUCGCGACCGUCAGUGCAGUAGGGCCCCGUUGAGUGCAACGAUUGAGCUUCGAUAAUAAAGUAACCCUAGCAUAGAUUCCUCUCUUAUGCCUUCGUACAA